UCUCUGAAUCCAUUGUCAUGGACCACCUCCUGUCUAUUAGUUCUUCCAUAGCUACAGUGUAUUCCGUAUAACCUUUAUAUAUCUUUUCAAGUCAGAGACUGACCGUAUACGUAUCCUUUGAAAUCUUCAGUCUUCAAUCUGUGUAUAGAAUAUACAUUUGUAUGAAAUUAAAUUCCAUUCCGUGCACAGCUGCCGUUGGUUUUUUUAAUUUGUCCUUAAUAAAAUGGCCCUUCUAGAUACCACAUCACAUUUGCACAGCAGGGAGGGAGUGAAAUCUCCAAAGUGAGCCAAGCACGAGGAGGACAAUUUUGUACGCGAGCGAAGCAGACAAGAACUCAAACAAGCAAUCAAAGAUUAUUCUUCAUCCGCAUACUGUCAGCUUGGCCCGCAGGAUCCAUCGAUUGCUGUGAAGAAAUGAUCAACCGGUGCUUCUGCUGCGUCACCGGCGGCGACUCUGAUCCGGAGCCGGCUGCCACCAGUAGUCGUCGGAGGACGAAUCCGGCGAGGGCGUCCAAGAACCGGACGAGCGUGGAUUACCCAUGGGAAACGUACACGCUCAAGGAGCUCCUGCAAGCGACCGGCAACUUCAGCGAGAGCAACAAGCUCGGCGAGGGCGGCUUCGGCACCGUCUACUGGGGACGCACCUCCAAAGGCGUCGAGAUUGCGGUGAAGCGGCUGAAGGCGAUGACGGCCAAGGCGGAGAUGGAGUUCGCCGUGGAGGUGGAGAUCCUCGGCCGCGUCCGCCACAGGAACCUGCUGAGCCUCCGCGGCUUCUACGCCGGCGGCGACGAGCGCCUCAUCGUCUAUGACUACAUGCCCAACCACAGCCUCCUCACCCACCUGCACCCUCACCGCGGCACCCCCUCCUCCCACCACCACGUCCCCCUCGAGUGGCCCCGCCGCGUCGCCAUCGCCGUCGGCGCCGCCGAAGGCCUCUCGUACUUGCACCAUGAGGCGAGCCCGCACAUCAUCCACCGCGACAUCAAGGCGAGCAACGUGCUGCUCGACGCGGAGUUCGUGCCCAAGGUGGCCGACUUCGGGUUCGCGAAGCUGAUCCCGGACGGCGUGUCGCACCUGACGACGCGGGUGAAGGGGACGCUCGGGUACCUGGCGCCGGAGUACGCCAUGUGGGGGAAGGUCUCCGAGAGCUGCGACGUCUACAGCUUCGGCGUCCUCCUGCUGGAGCUCGUCAGCGCGCGCCGCCCGCUGGAGAAGCUCCCCGGCGGCGUCAAGCGCGAGAUCGUGCAGUGGGCGGCGCCGCUGGUGGAGCGCCGCAGGUGGGAGCGCCUCGCCGACCCAAGGCUCGCCGGGCGCUUCGACGCCGCGCAGCUCCGCGCCGUGGUGGAGACGGCCAUGCUGUGCACGCAGAGCAGCGCCGAGAGCCGCCCGGCGAUGGCCGAGGUGGUCGACAUGCUCAGGUUCAGCGGCGGCGAGAGGCGCACCAAGGAGAUCGUCCCCGUGGCGGCGACGGUGGCCGGCAGCAGCGACGAGAUCACGAUGACGACCGACCAGGACGACGUCACCGCCGGCAGCAGCGAGCCGCUGGACAGGAGGAACUGGAAAUUGACGAGGUUGAGGUGAUCUGAUUGAUUGAUCGAGGUAACACCAACUGGGACUAAAGAUCAUUUAGGGCCGAUAGAGUUUUAAACCGAGAAAAAAAUCAUCUAUAGUCCCGGUUUCUAUUCAAACCGGAAAUAUUGUGGUUUUUAGCCAACCAAGCAAAGAUGGUUUCUCCAAUAAUGCAUAAGCAAACAUAUUAUUGCAUGCGAUUAAGACAUACAAAUUGUUGGUAUAGCUAGCAUUUUGUUUGUGUUAAUUUAUACUUGAUUAGUGUAGUAAGCAAUUGAUUAAUGGUGGAGUCGGGAGGGAGAAAUCAAGUGAGUUUUAAUUAAUGUUCUAGGCCUGCAAAGUUUUGUUUGAUUGCAAGAUAUGUUUUUCGGUA